ACAUCUGGUACAGACUCCUCGAAUUUAGAGUCUGCCUUUCUUGAGAAAAUCAGUCGAACGGAUCCUCUCUAUGAUAAAAGGCGAAUUCUAGACCUCAAAGGUCCCUUGCUCUACGAGUCCUUUAGUUGGAUCCUAAACCAUGACGACUUUAGCAAGUGGCGCUAUAGCCAAGAGAGCGGCGUAUUUUGGAUUAAAGGAGAUCCCGGAAAGGGAAAGACAAUGCUCCUUUGCGGCAUCAUCGAAGGCCUAGAGAGCAUUUCCGGAAUCAAUCUCGGGUAUUUCUUCUGCCAAGCCACUGAUUCCAGGAUCAAUACUGCUCAGGCUGUUGUUGGAGGCUUGUUACGUUUCUUUUUAGAGCGACGCACAAAGCUCCUAAAGCUUAUCUGCGAAAAGUUCAAAGAUAAGCUGGAUCAACUCAGUGGACCCAAUGCAUGGGCAGUUCUGCGCGACAUAUUCGAAAUGGUAGUUCAAGAUCCGACGUUGCCAGACCCUAUCUGUAUUGUUGAUGCUCUAGAUGAGUGUGAACACGGCUGCAAAUCACUUCUAAGUUUGAUCGUCAAAACAAGCCCCCGAGUUAAGUGGCUAGUUUCAAGUCGAAACAUUAAAGAUAUCGAGCGGAAAUUGCAGUCGAUUGACCCUUCCCAAAGAUUAAGCCUUGAGCUAGGAGGAAACGCUUUUUAUGUCUCCCAGUCUGUUGACGCAUAUAUCAACAAGUCGAUACAGGAUAUUGAGGCACUGGCACAUAACGCAAGUCUUCGAGCUUCCACAGCCAAUGUCCUGAAAAGCAAAGCAAACGGCACAUACCUCUGGGUUUCUCUUGUGGUUGGGCAACUACAAAACACAGACCAGCGGAAUGUGAAACACAUACUUAACAAAAUGCCAGAGGGUCUAGAAAGCCUCUAUGGCUUGAUUAUGACUCAAUCUUACGAAAGAUUAGGUCAAGAAGAUAGAGAAGCCUACCUUAUAAUACUUUCAACUAUUACCACAGCCAAAAGACCCCUACAGCUUGAAGAGCUUUUAACUUUUACGAAGUUUCAGUGGAAAUUUAGCGAAAAUAUAUACAGCACUCGCGAUAUACAAGAUCUCGUCAAAGAUUGUGGUGCAUUUUUAUCUAUAAGAGAUAAUUAUGUUUACUUCAUUCACCAAUCAGCGAAAGAUUAUAUCAUGGACAACGCCUCUAAAUUAAUAUUCCCUUUAGGAAUUCAGUUCCAACACGCUAGAAUGGCUCAUACAUCGUUAUAUACGCUAUCUGCCACUCUCACAUACGAUAUAUACAAUCUCAAAGCUCCUGGUACAGAGAUAAAUGAAGUAUCUCCACCAUGCCCUGAUCCUUUGGCUCCCAUAGCAUAUUGCUGUGAAUUUUGGGUCAACCAUCUAGUACACAGUUGCGAAUCCAACGAAUCGGAACCUAACAAAUCAAAAUCUGAGGAGCUUUUCAAAGAAAACGGAAUUGUUCACUCCUUUCUGAAGGAUAAAUUCCUUUGUUGGAUAGAAGCUCUAGCUCUCUUACGUAAAUUUACGCCACAAGGAGUAGAUGCUGUUCAAAAGCUCAGGCGACUAGCUAGUGAUAUCGCACACUCGAAACAGGAGAGCGAGACGAGCCGCCUUAGGGCAUUUAUAGAUGACGCAUGUCGAUUUGUUCUGCAAUAUGAGAAUAUUGUGUGCAAAUGGCCAUUGCAGCUUUAUUACUCGGCCACGGUCUUUGAUGACAAAGACAGAAUAAUC